AUGACAACUAAUAUGAUAAUAGUAGAGGAAAUAUCUCCAAACGACAAGAAAGUUCACGAGACUGUUAGAUUAAAAGGUACAUUAAAGGAACUCGAUAAGAAAAUAAGCGUUUCUUAUUCAUGGCAAAAUAUAACCAAAGCUAACACCACCUUAUUUGUUUAUAGUAAUAAGGUAUAUGAUCCUUCAAAUGAGGACAAUUUGUUUGGAAAUGAUAGCGUUACAGAAUGGCUUCGAGGUCUCCUCGGUAAAGAUGCAACAAGAGAGAUUCUUCACACAAGGAGGAAUUCUUUAAUCAAGUUCAUUUCCGCUAUAGAAUUUGAUUGGUUUCUAUCAUGGCAGCUUGGUAAAUAUCGAACGACAUCACACAUUAUAUUAUUAGUCACGUGUUAUUCAGAAGACGAACAUUUAAAGCGCACAACACUUGAUUCAUUGGCCAAUAACGAUAAAACAACUCCGGAGAUAUGCGAGGAUUUAAUUGAACCAUUCAAUUUAUCUAGUUUCGAUUUAGCCAUAGGAAAGAUGGCACACCAGAAGAACGAAAAAGGGCUUAAAUCCAGUAAACGAGAUUCACAGCUUAUAUUAAUGGAAUGGCUUAGCAACAUAUUUUUUAACGAACGUAUGACACCAUUGGAAUUCGAAUUGUUUGAAAAGGAUAGUGUUAGUAGGAUGGUGGCAGUGAUGGAACGUGAUCCAACGGUUAUGGGACUUUGUGGAGAAAGGAAAAUAGCGAAUAAGAAACGAGUUGGGGUAUUUUUGUAUGUAUCGUAUCAAAGCACCAAAAUAAUGGAUAUUCCAUUCCCAUACUCGCAAAAUCCUAUCGUAGAAUUAUAUUAUUCAACCACCGUAGAAAUGUUGCAUCAAAAAUUUAUUGCUCCUUGGAGAAGAUAG